AUGGUGACAGCCGGCAAAAAGAAAGAAUACCUUUGCAUUAUGCCCGAUCGACCACAUGUUCUCGACCUAAGAAGGAAGGUAAAAGGUGGUCGCUACGAAGGCAUCCAAUCGUUGAUUGUCAGUGGCAAGCUUAUCGAUGGAGGUGCGAUCUUUACGGAACAUCCGCAGGAAAGCGAGGACGCACAGAUCCUGGGAAGCGUGGUUGUAUCCACGGGCGAAAGCGCCGAAGAGGUUCGACAAAUCAUCAAUAAUGAUAUCUACGUCAAUAAUCGCGUGGGUGAUCUCGAAAAGUCCAAAUUUAUCCAUAUGUGCCUGCUGUCAAAAAACCACCUGCACAAUCUUGUUGUCUAA